UAUCAGUGUUGAUUACGCAGCCGUCAUGCAUUCGCAUUUCGUUGUUGACGUCGCGAAUUGCGUUCGUGCUACCGUUACUUAUUCACAUUUCACGCCGACCACAGUAAACGACACCUGUUUGACGUGCCAGCAACGGUUGACGAACGGUCAUCUAUUGCGAUGGACAAACGGGCAAAGUUCACCGUUUGUGCUGCCGGUAUAUUUGUGUGCUAUUUCUUCUACGGCAUACUCCAGGAGAAGAUCACCAGAGGCACGUAUGGCACGCAAGGAGAAAAGUUCACUUACUCCCUGUCACUGGUAUUUGUACAGUGUGUGGUUAACUAUGUUUUUGCGCGAGUUAUAUUGAAAGCUUUUCCCGAAGAGUCUGCCGAUACAACAAGGCCUACAUAUUAUGCGAUUAGCGCGAUCACAUACUUGUCAGCCAUGAUUUUCAGCAACAUGGCUCUGCAAUGGGUCAACUAUCCUACUCAGGUGGUAGCGAAGUCUGGUAAACCUAUACCAGUCAUGAUUUUGGGUGUUCUGUUAGGGCGCAAAUCUUAUCCAUUAAAAAAAUAUUUAUUUGUGCUGCUUGUUGUCAUUGGAGUAUCUUUAUUUAUGUUCAAAGAUGGCAAGUCGAAAUCUUCACAAUCUGAAUCUUCCAUAUUAGGUCUUGGAGAAAUACUGUUGAUAUUAUCUUUGACAAUGGAUGGUAUAACUGGAGCUGUUCAAGAACGAAUGCGCAGUGAAUCAAAAACAAAAUCUGGCCAUAUGAUGGUUAACAUGAACUUGUGGUCUAUGCUUUUUUUGGGUGUUGCUCUUAUUAGUACUGGUCAAAUAUUUGACUUUAUUAGCUUUGUACAACGAUACCCAUAUAUAGUGAUGCAACUACUAUUAUUCUCAGCAUUUAGUGCACUUGGACAGUUCUUUAUAUUUUGGACUGUAAGUGAUUUUGGACCUCUACCUUGUUCAAUUGUGACUACUACAAGGAAAUUCUUUACUGUGCUCGCAUCUGUAAUAUUCUUUGGCAAUCCAAUGUUGACCAGACAAUGGAUCGCUACAGUUAUAGUGUUUAUAGGAUUAUUUUUAGACAGUUUUUAUGGCAAACAAUCUGUUAAAAGUAAAUGA